AUGGACAGUAACAGCGCCAAAAGUCCCAUCACCAUUGACAAUGAGAGCGAAUCCAGCUGGUGUAAGCAAGCGAUCACCAGGAAGGCACGCUCAAGUAUACCUGAUCAAUUCGAGAAGAUACCAAGAUCUGAGACACUCGAGUUCAGCCACUGCGAAAUUCUUGGCCCAACGGUCCUCGCCAACUUGCCACAAGAGACCUCACCAAUGGCACUUGCCAUCGGCAUCUUUGACAACAACCUCCCAUACAUGAGGCAGACUGUGUACGCCUUCGUACAUGGAUCGAAGCAUAAUCUAGUUGGAUUUUUCCUCAUCAAGCAGGACUUCAGCGUGUAUCGGAUACCACACACCGGACUUCAGAACAUCGAUUUCGUGGAACCCUUUUGUGAUCUUGGAGACCAAACCGUUGGCCAAAAAACAGUUUGUAACAGACUACGGGCCAUAAUUCUUUAUUAUCUCUUAGAAGCUGGGCAUAUAAGGGGAUUUGGCCACUACAGAGAUUUCUGGCAGGAUUUUACAAAAUCGUGCGCGUGGAUUGCGAAUAAGGGAAGUCCACCAAAGCUGCAGAUGGACGUACAGAGAGGAGACAGUCGACCGGCUUUAAACGCAGCGCUGGUUCCAGUCCCAAAUGCGGUUGUUUCGACAUCUGAAGAUGUCGCAUUCAAAAAGCGCAAAGGUGACGAAAGAUCUGAUUCGGCACCACCCAACAUCAAGCGCCGCGACUACGGUCACACAAUACAACGACCCAUCAUCAUCUCUAGGUCGUCUAGCCCAGAGAAUCCGGUCAUGGCAAAACGUAUGGAGGCCCAGCCUAGAACCAGUAAGGCAGAAAACGAUUUACUGAAAGCAGCGAUUGCUACUCAGACCAGACCGCUGGAAGUUAACCAGGCAAGAGUUUAA